ACAAUAGUGCCAAACAAACUGUUUAACCAGAUGUUUUCUGAGUAUUGAGAAUUCGGAAAAACCAUGAAAAACUGUCCUUUUCCCCACAAGUUUGUACUCAAACAUAAUAAACAGCUGCAAUUAAACAAACAAUAAUGUAGCUGACAAUAACAGAACGUGCCCACAUUACCAUCUGUACAAAUUGUUGAAUUAAACUGUAACUGUGUGUUGUGCAAGCUAUGAUAUCAGAUAAUUUAUUGAAACAGGUUGUUUCCUGGUUCUCCUGGCUCCGCGAGCCAAUACAGUUAUUGGAUCUCAGUUGCACUUCAUUCAACGGCACUGCUUUUAUUUGGACCCCAGCCGCCACUGGUUGCAGCAACGUCAUUUCCGACUCAUCCUGCGCAGUUUUGUACCCUGCGCCAGUUCCGGCUGACGGAUACCUAUCAUCUGGAAAGGAUCAGCAAAGACCAUUGGCCUGUUAUACGACUGCUACGGCCACUCCAGCUGCUGUAAUUCGAGACUGCAGCUCAGAGUUCGUGCCCGAAAAAAUGCGGAUUGUGUUGUCAGACUUCUGCCUACAAUUGCCCAAAUGUUGCUUUCCCACGUCUCAACUGUGCUUCCAUCACAUCCUCCCAAUGCCAGUCGCCAGCCUGGAGAACAAUCAUUGCUACGGACUGCCCAUCUGCCUGCGGAUUCUGCAACUAAGGGGGAUCCGUGAACGCCGUUCCAGACUGCGCCAAUGACAAAAGUAUUUGCAACACCGUUGGGCUCCAGGACUUUGUAAACACCUACUGCCAAAAAAGCUGUGGAAGAUGCGCGCCUCCAACAAGAACUACUCAAUCAUCUGGGGUUCCUUCGACCUGCACAUCUUACAUAUGUGAUUCGAGUUCUGCUUGCAAAGCCUGGGCUCGCAAUGGAUUCUGUACCAACAAUUUCUACACUAUUGCACAUAGAAAACAAUACUGUGCUACCACUUGCAGAAUUUGCUGAUUUUUGACGAAACAAUGUUAUUCCAGCUUUUGACAACUUCUGAGAACACACAACGGGUUGACGACCGACGAUCGAGAGCAUAAAUAAUUUUCAAAGAUUUUCUUUUGUUUCUAUUUUGGCCCAUCAUAGUUUAAUAAAGAGUGAUUUGG